AUGGAGAGCCUGCUGAAAGACGCUGUUUUCUGGUCUUUAAAUGACUCAUAUACGAAUUCAAGCAGCGGAAACGACAGCAGAGGAUUUAAACAAACAGUAAACCCUCUAAAGCGUAACGAAGAAGUGGCUAAAGUUGAAGUAACCGUUUUGGUUUUGAUCCUACUGUUCGCGCUCGCCGGCAACCUGUGCGUCCUUUUGGCAAUCCAGACAAGUAAACACGGCCAGUCGCGGAUGUAUUAUUUCAUGAAACACCUGAGUAUUGCCGACCUGGUGGUGGCGGUUUUUCAAGUGCUCCCUCAACUUAUCUGGGACAUCACCUUUCGCUUUUAUGGACCGGAUAUUCUGUGCCGCCUGGUUAAAUAUCUACAGGUGGUUGGCAUGUUCGCAUCCACGUACAUGCUUGUGCUGAUGUCCGUUGACAGAUGUUUGGCUAUAUGGCAGCCGCUGCGGUCCUUACGCCGUCGAAAAGACAGUUUUUACGUGAUCGCGUCCUGGAUUUUAAGCCUGCUCUUCAGCGUGCCACAGGUGUACAUCUUCUCGCUCAGAGAGGUCGGCGACGGAGUGUACGACUGCUGGGGAGAUUUUGUUCAGCCCUGGGGCGCGAAGGCGUACGUCACUUGGAUUAGUCUCACCAUCUAUAUCAUUCCUGUGGCCAUCUUAAGUGUUUGUUAUGGCCUGAUAAGUUAUAAAAUAUGGCAAAACUUCAAACUAAAGACCCGGCGGGAACAGCGCCUGUCGUUGACUCCGCGGCCUGUAAAGGGCAACGCGUUCUCUCGCGUCAGCAGCGUCAAACUGAUCACCAAAGCCAAGAUCAGGACGGUGAAAAUGACAUUUGUGAUCGUCCUGGCUUAUAUUAUCUGCUGGACUCCGUUUUUCUUCGUACAGAUGUGGUCAGCAUGGGAUCCAAUGGCUCCAAGAGAAGCCAUGGCUUUCAUCAUUGCCAUGCUUUUGGCCAGUCUCAACAGCUGCUGCAACCCCUGGAUCUACAUGUUUUUUGCUGGUCAUCUGUUCCAGGAUCUCAUGCAGCGCUGCCUUAUGACAUCACACUGCGGCUGUAAGAGAUUUUGGAGAUCUAAGAACCAUUCAGGCACUGGUGCAAUGAGGAACACCAGCAGCCAGAAGAGUGUUACACAGACCUCCACUACAUGAGACUUCAUGAGGAAUACCAGCAGUUCAUAUAACCAUCCUGGUCAGAACAAUAAGAUAAUAAGGUCUAAGUUAAGGAAUCAUUCAGUGUGAUUAUGGUAUUAUGCGGUGAAUACUUCAACAACCAAUCUCAAAUCCUCUUCAGUCUACAACACUUGUCAAAAAAUGUAUGCUUGAGUACAUAAAAAUGUGACAUCUUCGCAACAGGA